UUCCGAGGUAACGGGCUUGCUCUGUACUACGAUUAGCCCUGUGUAGAGAAGGCGAUAGGGGUGCAGAGGGGGAUUCUGUUUUCGGGAACAGAUAUCCGAGGCCAUUUCUGGGAUUUCUUUAUUUUUUUCCCCCCACACGCGUCGUUGAGACGGAGAGGACCUGCUAAAGUGACAAUAUGCUGAAUAUGUGGAAAGUCAGGGAGCUGGUGGAUAAAGCUACCAAUGUGGUGAUGAACUAUUCAGAGAUCGAGUCCAAGGUUCGAGAAGCCACCAAUGAUGACCCUUGGGGCCCCUCUGGUCAGCUUAUGGGCGAGAUAGCCAAAUCCACGUUUAUGUACGAGCAAUUCCCUGAGGUGAUGAACAUGCUGUGGACCAGAAUGCUGAAAGACAACAAGAAGAACUGGAGAAGAGUUUACAAGGCCUUACUACUGCUAGCGUACCUCAUCAGAAACGGAUCGGAAAGAGUCGUCACGAGCGCCAGAGAACACAUCUAUGACCUGCGCUCUCUGGAAAAUUACCAUUUUGUAGAUGAAAAUGGGAAAGACCAGGGUAUCAACGUACGGCAGAAGGUCAAAGAAAUGGUGGAGUUCGUCCAGGAUGACGAUAGGUUACGGGAGGAGAGGAAAAAAGCCAAGAAGAACAAGGACAAAUACAUCGGCGUGUCGUCGGACGGCAUGGGAGGCUUCAGACAGAACAACUCGGGAGAGCGCGUCGACUCCGAGUCUAAAAGCAAGUGGGACGAAGACUGGGAGAAGAGCAAAAGCGGCUUUCCUUUCAGCGAGAAGCUCGGCGAGAUCGGCGAUAAGAUCGGCAGCACCAUCGACGACACCAUUAACAAGUUCCGCAAGAAAGAAAGAGAGGACUCUCCCGAUCGAAUCAGCGACAACGAGGAGGACAGAAUAUCUCAGAACGGUCGGCCGGCUAAGUCUGAAUUCAAGGAUGAGGAGGACAUGGUGACGCCCAAGAGCGCGCAGGUGAUGCAGGCCACUGAGACGACCACUCCCACCAGCACCGCUGCACGCAAACGGGGUGGAAUGCCCUCCAAAACGGUGGAUUUGGGCGCAGCUGCGCAUUACACAGGGGAAAAGAGCAGCCCAGACGCAGACGAUACGAAGACCUCAGACAGUCAAUCUUCCAUCGGAGGGCUUUCCGAUCUGCUCGUAGUGGACUCUGAAACGACUCGGCCAGCACCUUCAGGUGGGAGCUCGGACCUCAUUGCUGACUUUGCAGAUUUUUCCUCCCCAGCUGCUUCUGCCAGUCUCCCUUCAGCUGCUGGAUCAGUAUCAACUGGCAACGGAGAGUUUGGUGACUGGAGCACCUUCUCCUCAGCCAGUCCACCUGCCGCGUCUACAGCCUCGUCUGCUGUCCCGGAUCUUUUCAGCGAUGCCCCGCCCUCCACCCAGCCUCCUUCUGCUGACCUUUUUGACCUGAUGGGCCCCAAUCAGAGCGGUCUGAAUGCCUCCCAAAGCAUGACCUUCGUUAUGUGCCCCCAGAGCACAGAGUUCUCUAUGUCCAGAUCACAGACUCUAGGGGGGCCUGUGCACAGUUUAGCAGGUCCUUUGUUGCCUCAGCAGAUGGGAGUUCAGAAACCAGGAGGGAAAGCCUCAAUGCCCGCUACGUGGUCUGACCCAAGCGUCAACAUCAGCCUGGACUUUCUGUCUAUGGGCAUGAACCCUCCCAAGCCUUCACAACCUAGCCUCAACACUAUGAUGCAGCAAGGUGUCCAGCCUCCUGUGAACCUGGUCGCCCAGAACUUUGCCGGAAUGACACUUAACGCCCAGCCUGUGCCUGCUAGACCAGCCAUGAACCCUGUGAUGGCGAGCGGAAACAUGGGUAUGAUGAUGCCCCCAACCAUGGCAACAGGCAACACGGGAAUCGGUUCCAUGGCCGUAGGAGGAAUGCCCGCCAAUCAGGGUUUAAUGGGAAUGAACAUGGCAUCUACUGGCUUGGGCCUCACGGGUGGCCUUGGCAUGGGCCAGAGCAUGAGCUCUGCCAUGUUACAACCCAAACCACAGGCCUUCCCUAACUUUGGCAACUUUGGACAAUGAAGGAAAACCAACACUGAAAAGAAAUGGUCCAAAAAUACCUUCUUAACCGAGAGAAGGAGCUGCAUCCAGUAAAAUGGACAAAACUGACAAAACUAGCCAUUGUCUGGACCCUUCAAUCAUUUAAUAUCAUCAUACGUUAACAGAUGUUUGGGGAGUGUCUUAAAUCUGUUUUCCUUGGGUGAGUGAGUGAGUGAGUGAAUGAGGGAUGGAUGGAUGUGUGAUUGAAUGCUUUUUUUUGUUUUGUUUUGAUAAGUUACACUAAAAACUCUUAUGGUCUGGCAUGUUUGCCAAUGGCUGGUUAAAUGCAAAGAUCACUUUCA